GGGCAACACGGUCUGGUGGUAACAGAUCUGGAAUUUAAAGAUCUGAAAUUUUUCUUACAGUUCCAGAAAAGUCCCCAUUCACAAGAAGCCAUGUGUGUACUGCAAACAUUUCUAAGGCAGGAGGGACAGAGGGAGUUAUGUCACAGGAAUACCAACCAUUUUAAGUUGAAUGUUGAGAUUCUGUAAAGAAAAGUCCUUGGGCCUCUCUGUCUUCCUUCACAAUUAUGUUGUGUGCGGUUGACUCUGUUCCUUUUUCUUACAAGAAUUUCAGGAUCAGGCAAUUCCUGGCCAAGAAACAAAAGCAAAAUUGUCCCAUUCUCCAGUGGAUUCGGAUGAACACUGGUAAUAAAAUCCUGUACAACUCCAAGAGGAGACAUCGGAGAAGACCCUCGCUGGGCCUCUAA